AUGGAGCCUCCCCGGAUCUCUCUUGUACUUUUCCUGCUUCUGCCCGUAUUUGCAGCAGCUAUAUCACCAAAUUCAGAAGCAAUCCUGGAACAUCUGGAGAAGCCAGUUUCUCUGCCGCCUCCCCCGCGUCCCAUCCGAUUGAUCCUGUCAGACUUUGACGGGACUCUGACAGGGGAACAAGGCCGGUUCGUUGAAGAGAAUAUUCGGGGUAUACUCCUGGCUAGAAAACUUGGCAUUCAAUGUGGCUUCUCCACUGGCAGAGGGCCAAGCAACAUUAAACGCGCCAUUGGCGAACAUGCUAUGGGGCUCUCAGCAAGCAGUUUCAACGGCUCCAGCGAUGCCGAAGAUGGCAGCGCUAAAAGCCUACUAACACCUGGUAUUUUUAUGAACGGCGCAUUUGUUGUGGGCGAAAAUGGCGAGAUUGUGCAUGACGGGCCAUUCAGCAAAGACCUUCACGAAAGACUUGUCGAAGCCUUUAAACGCCAUGGUUUUUCGUCUUUUGAGUACGAAAAAAUAUCGAAAGAAGAAGCCAUACUAAACCCACGGAUUGCGGAAAUGCCACAAACAGAAUCUGCCAUGAAAACUCACGAAUCUGAAUAUGCUGAAGAAGAGAUGACUCCCUACUACGCACUUUCUGUUCACGCUGACUCUGCUCUAAUUGAUGAAGCAAGGUCUGUGCUAGAACAGCAAUUUGAGGGAGAGCUCGAGUUCACAAAGUGGCGCUCGAAUGCCUUAGGGGCACACCGCAAAGGUUUUUCUAAAGGCAGCGGCGUUAUUGCCCUCUGCCAGGCCCUAGGGCUUUCUCCAGAGGAAGUGCUGGUAAUGGGGGACGCAGAAAACGAUUUGUCAAUGUUUAGCGUCGCAGGCACUGCGGUAGCUGUUGGAAACGCGAUGCCAGUGGUGAAGAAUGCCGCGGACUUUGUGACCGUUGACAGCAGUCAGGGUGCGCUCCUCGCUGUUGUCAAGGAGAUUCAACAGCUAGGGUACUAUCCAGGAGCAAGCAAAGUGAACGGGGACCAGAAAGAAUAA